AUGCGCAAUGCGCUAAGCGGCAACGCCAGUGUUCAAAGCCCCGGACAGCAGAGCCCUAUCAGCUUGCAUUCACUGAGCUUGGGUGGCGCUCGCGACAGAAGCGAAAUCCAGGAUGCCAUGACGGGCAACACCAGUCAAGAAACACUAGCAGCAGCGCAUGGACCUGCCAACUCGCACCAGCCGACGAGCUCAAUCAUUUCGAGCGCUGUUCCAGUCACAGCCUCUGCUAUGGCGCAAGCCCAUCCAUCUUCGACGGCGGACAUGCCCCCUUCCAGGCAAGACACCUUGUCAGAGGCUCCGGCGUACUCGGACACGCAGUCUCGAAUCGAUCCCAUUUCGGCCAGCACAGACCGCAAGUCGGAACCAAGUCCUGCAUCGUCACCAUUCGAGGAGCGAGUGCAAGAACAUCGGCAACACGACCAUAUCGACGCUGACCGCGCUUCCCUUCUGCCUCAAUCUCCUGCUCAUGCUGCCUCCGACCACACUGGAUUAGCGAACGAGAUCGCCUACUCUCCCGAUGCCCCAGCCAUGGCUGCUUUAAGCUCACACGCAGCUUCCCACGCUCCGAGCUACAGCGAUCUUUUCUUCGACUUGCUCUUCGCCGCCUGCCUCAAUACCUACAGCAAUGCUGUUUCGCUCGAACGCUUCCGCGACGUUGCCGCCUUCCUCGGCUACUUUACAGCGCUUUGGUGGGCUUGGUGGAGCCAGGCCUACUUCGACGUGCGAUACCGUCGUCCGUCGCAUCACCAACCGUACUUGUUCAAGUCGUGCCAGCGCGUCGUCCGCGUAGCUGUUCUUGGUCUGUGGGUCGCCUUCUCUACCACGCCUUCCGAGUUCGCCAGAGGUAGCUUUACCAAUUUCAGCCAGAUCUAUGGCGCUUCUCGCUUUGCCUUGGCCCUCGACCAUGUCGUGGUGCUCGCUCACGAUGCCGUGCUCUGGCGCAGGGGCAGGUCAAACCCUCGACGGGCGGACAUGGAUGGCGGCCGGCAUCACAGCUUUGCAGGCGUCGCUCAAACGCACCUCGUCUCCAUCGUCUCGCUGGUCGCGUCCGGCCUUCUCUGGAUCCUCAGCCGCUUUCUGCGUCACAACGGUAUUACCGCUCCUCUGCUUGUCAUGUGGAUCGUCGGUAUCGUCAUCGAAGCUGCGGCUCAGAUUGUCAACGAGGUGCGCGGCAGUCUCUCCCCUCUGGGACGAAGUGUGCUGCCCGAGCGUCUCAUUCUGUUUGGUCUGAUUAUUCUUGGCGAGGGUUUCACCGGAAUCGCUGAGACGCUCAACAAGAUCAGUCCCGGUGCAAAACUACGGAACGAAGCUACAGGCGGUGCUGCGAUCGAAAGUGGCGGAUGGGGCGCUGAUACGAUCCUGCAAACGGUCAGCUGUGUCCUCAUCGUCAUCCUCCAGUUUGCCGGCUACUUUCAUCGCGCCACGAGUCAGAUCGACCUCAACUCGGUGCUGGUUGUGCUGUGGGCCUAUAUUCACGUUGUGCUGCACAUGGCUUCGGCGCUGCUCGUCAUUGGUCUCAAAAAGAUCCUCAGCUUCAUGAACACGCUCAACGCCAUAGAAAGCUUCGGCAAAAACAUAAACAGCUACGUGAUGGAUGCACAAUUUGGCCAGAACUUGACCGAGCAAGGACUGGAUCAGCUCGACGACCUUGGGAGCAGCCCGCUCUCGGUCAACGGAACAUGGAGGGGCUUAUUAUCCAUCCUUGCCGUGAUCCAGAGCAACGACGGGGCCAAUGUUCCCUCGUUGUCGGAAGCGCAGCGUCUGGUCGAUUCGGUCGUCGGCCUUGCUGGAGGGAACGAGGCAGCGCUGAAGCUGGUAGCGCAGGCCAACGCGACCGACGCGAGCAGUGCGCUGUCGUCGCAAUUUGCUCCCAGCUUGGUGCUGCCCUUUCGUAGUUACUUCGGGUUUGCCGACAAUGUCAUCAACCCAGACUCGCUUGCUCAGUACGUGGACAAAUCGCUGUUUCAGUUCAAGUACAUCUACGUGGCUAGCGCGGUGUAUCUGACCAUCGACAUCGUGAUCAAGACCAUGCAGAGCUCGCGCCAUCGACAGCUGCGCUCGUUUCGGUGGGCCAUGGCGUUGCGGUUUGGAUUUGCUGUGAUGCUAGUCCUCUUGCAGGUGGUGUUCACCGUAUAUGACGGCCCGCCUAGCGGUGCUGCGCUGGAUGGAGCCAUUGCUAUUUGUGCGGCGGUGCUGCUGGCCGAACUCGUGGCUCAACAACUUGUCGACGGUCUCCGAAGGCGCUUGGAUCGUCCCCGCACGCGCAAUCAGAGAGCGAAACGUCGCUGGCGCAAGGCAUCACGUAGCAGCUUAUCUGGAUCACAGUCAGUCAGGCGGGCCGACGAGGACAUCGAGAUGGAAACGCAUCUUGCGCAAGGUCGUCCUCAGAAGUUCCCAAGCUAUUCACAUGCCGCACAGGGUUGA